UUCCAGCUACUUACUUCUAUCGAAUCAGCGAAUAGAACGAUCAAAUUAGCCGGUGCAAUUCUUUUCCAAGUGGACCAUGGCAGCUACCAAAGCGUCCAAAGAGCAGAAAUACGACAGACAGUUAAGAUUGUGGGGAGACCAUGGCCAAGAAGCACUUGAGAAUGCACAUGUAUGCCUGAUCAAUGCCUCAGCGUCUGGGACUGAAAUCCUCAAGAACCUUGUGCUUCCAGGCAUUGGAGCGUUCACCAUUGUUGAUGGACACAAAGUCUCUGGGGAAGAUGUAGGAAAUAACUUUUUUCUGAGCAACAACAGCAUAGGAAGGAAUCGGGCCCAGGCUGCCACUGAGCUGCUGCAGGAGCUGAACAGUGAUGUUUCUGGCAACUUUGUGGAGGAGAGCCCUGACAAGCUCUUGGACAACGACCCGGAAUUCUUCCACAGAUUCUCCUUGGUGAUUGGUGUACAGCUGCCAGAAGGCACAUGUUUGAGACUGGGGUCGGUGUUGUGGAACGCGAACGUACCUUUCCUGGUGUGUAGAACGUACGGCCUCACCGGCUACAUGAGGCUAGUAGUUAAGGAGCACACAGUGGUGGAGUCUCAUCCAGACAACGCCUUGGAGGAUCUCCGGCUUGAUCAGCCUUUUGCAGAGCUGAAGAGCCACAUUCAGUCGUACGACCUGGAGGGAAUGGAGAAGAAGGAUCACAUCCACACACCAUGGAUCAUCAUCGUUGCCAAAUACCUAGAAAAGUGGUUCAGCGAUCACAAUUUUCAGUUACCGAAGAACUACAAGGAGAAGGAGGCCUUCAGGCAGCUUAUUCGGCAAGGAAUCUUGACGAAAGAGAACGGAACUCCUGAGGAUGAGGAGAACUUUGAGGAGGCCAUCAAGAAUGUCAACACGGCCCUCAACCCCACCAAGAUAUCAAGUAUCGUUGAAGACAUCUUCAAUGAAGAGCAAUGCAAUGACAUUACGGCACAGACUCCUGCUUUCUGGGUGCUGGCGCGUGCAGUGAGGGAGUUUGUACAAAAUGAAGGCGGAGGCAACCUACCUUUACGUGGCUCCAUUCCAGACAUGAUUGCAGACUCUGAGAAAUUCAUCAACCUCCAGAAUGUUUACAGGGAGAAGGCCAUGCAAGAUGCUUCUGUCGUGUCUAAGCAUGUAGAGUCUCUCCUGCAGUCUGUUGGAAAGACUUCAGAGAGCAUAUCUGAGCAGGACAUCAAACUAUUCUGUAAGAACGCUGCCUUCCUCCGGGUGGUGCGCUGCCGCUCCCUGGCUGAAGAAUACGGCGCGGAGACGGUGAACAAAGACGAGAUCACCUCCUCCAUGGACGGGGCAGACGGGGAGAUGGUGUUGUACCUCAUGCUGCGUUCUGUGGACCGCUUCUACCAGCAACACUCCCGCUACCCAGGUGUCUACGAUUACCAGGUGGAAGAAGACAUCAGCAGGUUGAAGCUGUGUGUCCACAGCCUGCUGCAGGAGUACGGCCUCAACGUUAACGUGAAAGACGACUACAUCCACGAGUUCUGUCGCUAUGGUGCUGCAGAACCACACACGGUUGCAUCCUUUGUGGGAGGAUCUGCUGCCCAAGAGGUCAUCAAAAUCAUCACCCGUCAGUUUGUGCCCUUCAACAACACAUUCAUCUACAAUGCCAUGUCCCAGACAUCUGCCACGUUUCAGCUGUAGAACGAGCUCGCCUCCUCCUCAAUGACACGCACUUAACCCCUAUGUAAAAUAUAUCAGUGGAAUGCGUCAGCGCCGUAGCAGUUAUGACAAACUGUAUGUAGAUAGAAAGCCUCAAUUUGUACUGUGUUUUUCCAAUACAGUAUUUUUAUGUUGUAACUCAAUUAAGUUAAAGAAAGUUUGGAUAAAUUGAGGGUGUGUUUUCUGAGUGCAUUUCAAUGUUUUUGUCUUAAGGCUACUGGGUUUUCUCACACAAGGAUAAACGUUUAUGUUUAAAUGACAAAUUCAGACCACUCCGGAAUGGUGCAUGGACUUGCAGUUCUUCCCCUCAAAAUGCCCUGCUGUGUAGUUUGAGUAAAAGGGUGUUUUGUUACCUGUACGUUACAUCCCUAAGGAACUCGCCUCGUUUGUGCCCUCAUGGGAAGCUGUCUGUGAAUGGUAUGUAUGGUACUCCUGGCCUAUUGGCUAACAAGCAUUCAAGCGUCUUGAUUAACAUGCCAAAAUCACCCCACCUAUUUGCCCCAAAACAUUUGCCAUUAUGGGCUAUAAUUCCCAUAAUUGUGCCCCUCCUGAACUGAUGGUCAAAUAAGGUAGUGAAACAUUUUGUUUGACUAGUAGAAUAUCCUAACAUGACUCAAGGCUCAUCAUAUGUUGCAAUUUCCGUCUAGACAACUUGUGUAAUGUGUUUGUUUGUUUGCAUCCGUGAGUCUAGAUUAUAGAGCAUUUUCUGGGGAUGCGUGGCGUGGCGUGGCGUGGCGUUGGGCACUAAAUGUAACGUUUGUGCUGUGGUGAGCAUGCACUCAGCUGACUCCACACUCUGGGCAGAGACUCACCCACCAGGAACAUUUCAACAACUGUUCUUUUCCUAAUCUAUGAAACUCGUCUGUAUUUCACUGCAGGAAAUAAAUCCCUGUGUGGUUUAAUAUUUAUAUUUAAAAAAGUUGAGUUUUGUGGUUUCAGUGUGUUUUCCUUUUUGAAAUCCCAUUUUAGUAGCCCAACAGUAGAGGGUGAUCUUGCCCAUGUUUGCGGGCAGACCAUGUGCAAGGUUUGAGUACUGUGUCCUUGGAAAAUUGUCUUCAGUCGAUUCUUGAAUGCCAACUACAUGGCACACAUUGUAUCUGACAUAAUUGUCUAUAGGAUGUUAAUGAGAAGCCUGCUUAAAACUACUGUUGAUAAGUCAUCAAUGCCAUUUUGUUGUUUAAUGUUCUUGUCUCGGGAAUCAUUGUUGCUGAGUAACGCGCUGAAAAUUUAUAGCCACUUUGUUUUGCAUUUGAUCUGUUUUGUGUUGCAGCCGGUCAGGGCACUUUUUUAAGAGCAAUAGUUUAUACAUUGGUGGUUGUUACAUAAUUGUGGGAUUUAGAAUUUGUGUUGGUUAGCUUAUGGAGGGCGCUGACAUUUUUUCAUUUGUGUUUCACCGGCAGGGCUUAGCGGAGUGAUAUUUUCCCUCAGCAGAUUUUUUUCUAUCUAAGACCCCCGCUUUCUUUCUGCGGAGGACGGUGUGGAUCUCGAUGUUCGAGCGGCCUGCCAAAAAGAACUCAGGCCAUUUCCCAAACAAAACGUUUCAUCUUCUGUCUAAGAUUAUGGUGUUUGGAAUGCCAGUUUUAUUUAACCAGCCUUGAAUGUAAUCACACACACAGUGGGGGUUGAACUGCAUGGGCUGCAGAAAGGAAGCCGCUCGACUGCCGAACCAAGCAGGAGAGUAAAGGGGUUGAAUGGUAAUUUCUGACCUUCACCAUUCCAUCUGUGACUUGGCCCUAACUCUAAAGACAAUUGGGUUUCUUUUAAUUUGGACUUCUUCUAUUGUGUUUCACUCAUUUAGAUGUUCUUACCCAGAGGGACUUAUGGGAGCAGCUAAGUGUCUUGCUCUAGGGCUAAAACUACAGGUUUCUCACAUUUUUGCGAUUUGAAACGGUGACCUGAUGCUUACUGGCCCCAACCCCAAUGGCCUACCGUCCUCGUAUUUCUUAGGAUAUUUAAUUAAAUAUCAAUGUUGGCAAUUUAUCCCGUUUCCUGAUGUGUUUGCUAAUGGCCUUUGCUUCAGGCCAAGUGUCUCAGAUAUUUUUUUAGUACAAACCGGAUUUUCUCUAAGCUGGUUUCAUGUCACUUGCCAAUCUUGUCCAGCUACCCAGCUAGGCCUCUUAACCUGCAUAGCCUCAGAUGUUUCUCUGGACGUUUUUUCCUCUUCCAAGGGCCAGUUUCCCAGCUCCAGUGACAGCAUGAGCCCAGAGAACAUCAGUCAGAUCUGGCUAACAUGGUGUCCAGCGCUCCACACAGCUGUGUCAACACAUCCCCAUGACGGUACAGAUCAUUUGAACUUACAGGGGAUGGCUUUGAUUACCUUUAACGGUCAUUGGGCAGCCUUUGUCUUGGUAUAUCAGGGUUCGCCAGUUGCUUGUCUUGCUAGAUAGGAGUAUCCGCUAAUAACCAUCGCUGAGCAAUAAACACAGAUGUGCCCAACUCACAUGGUAACUUGGUAACUACCGUUGUGAAACUGAUGGUCUUGUGCAAUUACAUGACCUGAUGUGUUCUUGAUAUAAUCAUGCUGUCUCACUGUCAACAUGGGGUGUUAGGGGUUGCAGAAUUGGAUAUUUCUGUAUGCGCAACAGUAGUGUAAGAUUGUUUUGAGGCCAGUGCACUGUGGUAAUACAGGAAAGAGGUCACUGAGCUGAAAAAUAAUUACUGUUAUUCCAAUUCGUAGGUCUUUUGAUUUUCCUAAUAUCCUUUGAACACAUUCGACGUACACUAUGAAGUUGAUCACAUGAUACUUCUGAAAAUAGUUUCUCCGUUCAAGUCAGUUUAAUGAAUAUAUAUUAUGUUGAGCAGUUUUUGCUUCUUAUUGAGCUGUUCAUGUUGUUUUCCAUUUGGAUUGCUCUAUUGAAACACAGCGUCAAUUGACUGAUAGUCACAUCCCCCACGUGCCCCAAGGCUAGAAUAGGACAGCAGGACAGAGCCUCUAGUCUUCAUUAAUAUGGAUGACCAUGCCCAGCCAUGGGUGGAGCCUUUCUCUCCUCAAAUGCUCUCAGGUUGCACACAGAUAGGACAACAAUGUCAAACCCCCUCCCUCAUAUGCAAUGCUUUCUUCAUUUGACACAACCUUAGGGAAUUUAGAUUAAAAGGCUUAAAACAGGAAUCUAGAGUGAGAAUGUUUCAGUCUGGUUUGACCAGUGGGGCCCAGUUGGGGUUGUUUUGUAUUGCCUUUAACCAGUCAUAGUAUAAUAAUAUGUUUGAUUUACUGUUACUAAGAAAGAGACAGUAUCUCUGUGUUUACUGCUUGCUAUCCUGACAGACAGACAUUGUACCAUGAAGCGGUGAGAACUGGUAAUUUAAUCAGUUGCAAAAAAGUAAUUAAUUUGAGUAGCUCUUUUGUUUUUGAGUUGUGUACUGUAGGUUCUCAUGCCUCUGUAGAAUACAUGUAAUGCAGAUGUGCUGAUGAAGAUUAAUUAAAAUGUCCAAUAUUUUCUGGUUCAUCUUCAGGGGUUAAACGUUGUGAAUGGGGGUUAAACGUUGUGAAUGUGUUGUGAAACUGCAGCUCAUUAGAAUCAUUCCCUCCUGUGCCUUUCUGGUGACACGUGCAUCCACCCACAGACUUCUCUGCCCUCUUUUUUUUUUUUUUUUUAUAUCAAUGCCAUUUGCACACACACCUAUACCCAUCUGGUCUUGUGCACUGUCUACUCCAGUUAGGCUUUUAUCGAAGUGUCAGCAUCCCAGCCUGAGAGCAGCUUUAUCUCUAGUAACAGGGUAGGCAGGACAAUGUCCUCAGACCUUAAAGGAAAAAAUCUGGUGUUGCUACAUAUGCCAGAAUGUAACUUAAAAAUGAGCUUACUUCAAAUGCCAUACUUCGUCAAAACCAAAGUAUUGGCUUUUUUUGCUCCAGCAGGUGUACACAAAGUCAAUUUGAACAAACCAUCAAAAAUCCUCAAAACCUAGUUCAAACUAUACGCUGUUGUCAUGAAUGUCCGUAUCUCUGCCUAUGAAUUUUAUACCGUUUACAAUUCUCCAGCCUCAUCCCUUAGGUUUUUUAAUGAAACAUGUUCGGGGACAAUACUUUGUUGCUGUUUCAACUGCUGAUUCCCCCUUUAUUAAAUAAAAAUCUAUCUGUGAUUCAGUAACACUGACUCUGCAGAACAGCUACUGUGCCAGAGAUGAUUUUUUUCCCCAUCCUUUAAUUGGCAGUCUUUGAAAGGUAACUUUGCUUCUGAAGAGAAGAGAGUGGGGCAGUUCUGCUGAUGUCUGGCCAUUAUUGCUUUGGAUAUUUGUCUGGCUUGUCUCCAGCGCUCAGCUCUCCUCCCUGGGGCCAACUGUAUUAAAACAUGGAUGUUUGAGUGGAGCGGUCAGUUUGUUCCCUGUUAAGACAGCAGGGGAGUGGGAUGUAUAAGCCUUCACAUGAGUCUAUUAAGGAGUUCAGGAAGAACUCUGUGGGGAAAGAGGUAAAUCUUCCAUGUCAGAAAUGACCUAAUGUCUCAGAGACCAGCAUAUAGCUCUCAGAUGUUGUGGUGAGAUUGUCAGCUUGUUUGCAAGAAACCAUAUUGACUGUGGGUAUGCAGAUGGGUUUUAUGGUUUGUUUGUGUUGGAAUUAAGCCUGCCAGUCCGGGAGUUGGGGCACUGAGGGGCAUGUCCUGCACCUUUGACACCUUCACUAAGAUGUGCCAGUGUGGAUGGACUGUUGUUCUGCAGGGAACCAGUGUAAACACACAACACGACCCAGCCCAUGCAAGUAAUGAAGGAACUCUCUCAGCACUCUUUUGCACGGAAUGGGAGCGACUGGUUGAACAUCCACUGACCCUCAUUUCGGUUUGGCUAAGAGAUCUCCUAAAAUAAACACCCUUCACUAGCGUAAAAUUUAUUCCUGCUCUCUUUGUAAAGGUCUGAGGGAGGUCAUCAUUUUAAUUGACAUGCUGUCCUUGAACAGAGUGUGUUGACAUUAGUGAGUGGUGGUGUAAAUGGGUGAAAGACAGCAGGCCGAUGCAACGCUCCCAUCCAGAUUCAGGGUUUGUCUGCAUGUGUUUUGUCUGCUUUCUCUGUGUAUUUGUGUUUGGGUGUUAUGUAUCUUUCUGUUGGUGUCUGUCUGACUGCCUGUCUGUCAUAUGCAACAUUGUUUCUGUCUUUCUGUCCAGCUGGAGUUUAGACAGGCCCCAGGUUCAUCCCCUCCAGACAAACCCCUUGUCAUUUCAUCUCUUGAUAUGUGCCACGGGGCCUGUGGUGGGUGUCAGGUUCCACACACACUCCAUCCACAGGGCUCUCUGGUCUCCUCCUGGUGCGAUCCAUCACGGGCCUGACGUACAACUUGUAAUGGCUACUUUGGAUUUAAUCAAAUUAAUUAUUUGGCGAAUAAAAUAGAACCUCUGUGUUUAUAUGAACAGUGACCUUGUUUGCUCAUCAAUGUCCGUAAGUUUGAUUUCAUAUGUUCUAUACAAUAUAACGUCCCAGAUAUUUGUUUGUAGGAGGAGCCUUUAAUAAUAUGAAAGAAAUGGGAAUCACACGUUUGUACAUUUACAUUUUGUUAAUUAACUACUGUGAAACAUUAUCUUUAAUGUACAAUUCUGUCCCCUGAAUCUGUAUGGCUCUAGUAAGUCGAUGUCAUCCUAUCGGCAGUGUCACUUCAUAAUGACUGUUUGUGGGUUUUAUGUGGUGUGUGUGGUAAAUCUAUACAGGGGAGUGAUAAGAGGCCCAUAUUGGCUUGGUGUAAUGUAUACAUACAUGAUAUGUUGUAGAAGUGCACUUACCCCUGGAAGAUCAGUUGCCCUCCUCACCGGCGGACUUUUUGCUGCAGCUUUAAGCGCUGCUCUAUAUUAUAUUUCUGUAUCUUAUAAACAUUCCUCAGUUUUAGAGAAAAAAAACGAGUUUAGUUUGUUUUUAACUUAUUUAGUUUCAAUUAGGGACAGAAAGUAGCGUAUGAGAGGCAGGCUGAAAGCAAUGUAGUUUUGUAGACCUAAAGUUCAACUUGUAGUUUGUACGGUUCUUAAUUACAAUAAAAUGUGACUUGUUUAAAAAUCAA